AUGCCACCUUUUGUUGAGGUAUUGGGGUCCUUUGCAACGGGUGUCAAUGAUGCGUGGGGUAAUUCCUCCGUACAGAACGCCAUCCAAGUACUUGAACAGCUUUCUGACCUGGGCAGAGCACUUCCAUUCGUUGCACCGGCAUUCGUACUCCUCUCUUUGAUUAUUCAGGUCGAGAAGAAAGCCCGGGAUGCGGACCUGAAAUGUACCGACCUUCUCAAUCGCGUUACCUUCUUAGUGGAACAGCUCGAAGUCCUCCGGCGGGUCGACGUCACAGAUUCGACCAGGCGCGUCAUCGAGCGGAUGAACGACGCCAUAAAGGACGCAGCAGCGCUGAUACAAGCAUACAGGAAACAAAGCGUCAUAGCGAGGAGAUUGAACAUGGGUAACAGGGAUAAAUUCUUGACCUGUGCUCAAGCUAUCAGCGCCUGCGCCAAUGACCUUAUGAUGAGCCUGCAGAUACAGCAAACCGGCCAGCUGGACAUCUUGGCUAGGUCAAUACCUGUCGAUUCGGAAGACGAAGCCGCGGAGAGCUUUGUCAAUCGUCUCGGAGGUGCGGAGAAGAUCAAAGCAGACCCAUCCCUGAUCGUCCAGUUUGCUGAGCAGCUGCACCUGAAAGUUGACGACGAUACCAUUCGACAAAUCAACACCAGUAUCUCCGAUCUUAUGGGAGAAACCCAGAAUCGUCUCCAGCAUAUGUUGGAGGAAAAUGCUGGGAUCAUCGCGUUUCACAGCAUCAAAGAGCUCGUCGCUCAGAUGAACGAGGCUGAGAAGGAGCAGCAGUUCACAUGCGUCCAAUGUGGGACACGUUACCGCAAUUCCACUAACGGUGCCAACUCGUGUACCUUUCAUCCAGCCUCAUAUCCGUCGCGGGACGGAAACUAUCCAUGCUGCAGCUCUCGGAUUCACUGUCAAUCUCGAUCACAUCGAGCAAAGCACCAUUGCGACUAUCCAUACGGACCAUUCUUCAAAUAUUCCUCCAACAUCAUCAAUUACAUCGACACGGUCGACAAAUGGGUGGCCGUAGAAGAUCGCAGUAUGUCCGGAAAGGACAACCAGAAAGCUUUCAUAGGUCAGCUCCUCCGCCUGGCCUCCAGAGGUGACUUUUUGCAGGAGCCGACCAUCAUAAUCUCUGUCGGUACCGUCUGGCACACAAGCAAAUAUUUCCUCGACACGUUCACGUGCGAAGAUCUCCGUCAGGUCAAUGACUUCGUGCGCAUGAGUGGCAAUACCACGAUCUUCCGGACCUCGAGCGAUGAGUCGGACUACUCGAUGGCCGAGUGGGUCAUAGGUCCUACUGGGAACAUCGUCGGCAUACGGCUGAGCGUAAAGGCAGACACCUCGACCGGUCCGUCCACCAAACUGUGCCCGAUAGACCUCACGCACUGCUCAAAAUCGGGGGAAGUAGUGGUGGAAUCUGAGGGGGGCUUACGCUCUUUCAAGCCUCGGAGCCCGUAUAUCCUGCCGGAGACGGUCCGCUUGGGGCGGGAACUUAGAGAAGAGCCUCUGCGUGCUACUCGAACCGACUUCAAGACACGUACUUCACAUUCGCUCCCUCUCAUGUUGAGAGUGAUGUCCGAUCCGCCGCUCAAGGCCAAUCCCGAGUUUGCCCGCUUGGACGCUGACAUAUUCACGGGAUCCAUUUCUAUCUUCAACAAAUCGCCAGCUGCAUCUCCUAACCCAAUGACGAUCGCCUCUGCAUCAGCGUACUAUCGUUUAGUAGGCGAAAAAGAGUAUGCUCUAGCCGCGGAACUGCACUUCACAGGUGAUCAGCAGCUUCCUGCCACUAUCGAUUCGAGACGCUCUUGCGUUUUAGAUUUCAAGGUCGUAGUGCCGCGCUCGAACGAGGAUGCCCAACUUCAGAUACGCUGGUUUAACCGCGCGUUUGUCGCUCGCAAGAGGCCUAUUCGAAUCAAGCUCGUGUUCAGAGAUAUGGAAGAAGAAGAGUGUUCGCUUGUCGUUGAACACGUAUUUGAUCCUUUAUGGCCACUUGACAGAAAGAAGGAUGAGGACCUCGCCUUCUUUCAUAUCGACGACAGCGAGCGGAUGGAAAGGAGGGCGGUCCAUGUCAAAGGACCUGAAGGAAACCGGGUCAUCAGCUUCAAUGGCCACAACUUUGACGUCCUCCAUCUACAGAAGAGUGUAUUCCAUGCAAUGAAGAGUGGAGAAUCCGAAGUCGACUUGAGCAUCGGCGGCGACCAGUCUGGCCUGUGGCAAUGGCGCGUGUGGGCAUUGAUUGACUUGUCUUGCUUGCGAGUGUAUGCGUUCAAAGUCUUGGUACGGCAAGGCGAGCGCAGUAAUAACCCUGCAGCGGUGUGCCUCGGCUAUGUGCUCUGUCCUGAAUACGGGGAGGUACGCGAUGAAACUCGUCCCAUUCGAUACGCCACGGAAAAAGUCGAGGUGCCAGAGCUUCAUGAGUCAAUACCAGAGGCAAUCCUCACCGACGACUCCUUUGAUGAUGACGCCCCUGACGAGCCUCAACCAUCUGGCGCUCGGGGCUCUACUGGCUCGGGGCACAUGCCAAUAGUCCUUCCCGACGAGCUGAACAUCCGUCUAAAAUCUAUCGACAACAAUUUGUCUAGGAUUGCCACAGCGUUGGAAUUGCUUGUCGGACAUCUCUCCAAGACAGCACCAUGA